UAGUUUUUGUGUGCUUAUACCCAGAGCGCUUGCGCUUUGGAGGCACGCGCCCCCGUACCAUCAGGAUUCCGGGUCCUUGUGAGGUGUAGUCCAUGCGACAACGUUCCAUUCGAAUACAUUUUCCCCUUCCGCCUGGGGUGAACCUCAUCUGGAAAAUAAUCGGAUCUCAGCAGGAUGUCGCGGAGCCCGGGAAAACAGCCGGAAUAAGCACGCCCCCAUCCCGGAAGUGAGCGGCUUUUAGCGCGGUGCAUUGUGGGGGGCGUAGUCCUCCUUUCCAGGCGGUCCUUCGCGGCGUCCCCCGGGCCGACUCCGGAGCGCAGGCGGGCGGCCGGGUGGGUAGCGCAGCGCGGGCGGUCAGCAAGCAUAUUCUAGGCACGGGCCCCCGCCCGGGACGACUUGCGCUGGGCGGCAAUAGUGAGAGGUCUCGAAGGGCCUCGCGCGGCGCCGCCCGUCGAGGAGCUGAGUCGGGGGCCGGACCCGGCCGUCGAAGAGCGCAAGAGGCCGGUGGGCCGGGCCGCGCGUCGCAGCCAUGCCUGGCUUUACGUGCUGCGUACCGGGCUGCUACAACAACUCACACCGGGACAAGGCACUGCACUUCUACACGUUUCCCAAGGACGCUGAGCUGCGGCGCCUCUGGCUCAAGAACGUGUCCCGUGCCGGCGUCAGUGGGUGCUUCUCCACCUUCCAGCCCACCACGGGCCACCGUCUCUGCAGCGUUCACUUCCAGGGCGGCCGCAAGACCUACACGGUGCGCGUUCCCACCAUCUUCCCGCUGCGCGGUGUCAAUGAGCGCAAAGUAGCGCGGAGACCUGCGGGAGCUGCGGCAGCCCGCCGUAGGCAGCAGCAGCAGCAGCAGCAGCAACAACAACAACAGCAACAGCAACAACAGCAGCCGUCUCCGUCCUCCACUGCCCAGACCACCCAGUUGCAGCCGAACCUGGUGUCUGCCUCUGCGGCCGUGCUUCUUACCCUUCAGGCCGCUGUAGACAGCAGCCAGGCUCCGGGAUCCGUGGCUCCGGCGCCCACUACUUCCUCGGGAGAGGAUGUGAAGCCCAUCGACCUUACGGUGCAAGUAGAGUUUGCAGCUGCUGAAGGCGCGGCCGCCGCGGUCGCCGCAUCGGAGCUAGAGGCUGCUACUGCUGGGCUGGAGGCCGCUGAGUGCACUCUAGGCCCUCAGCUAGUGGUGGUAGGGGAAGAGGGCUUCCCUGAUACUGGCUCCGACCACUCAUACUCCUUGUCGUCAGGUACCACGGAGGAGGAGCUCCUGCGCAAGCUGAAUGAGCAGCGGGACAUCUUGGCCCUGAUGGAAGUGAAGAUGAAAGAGAUGAAGGGUAGCAUCCGCCAUCUGCGUCUUACCGAGGCCAAGCUCCGUGAGGAACUUCGUGAGAAGGAUCGCCUGCUUGCCAUGGCUGUCAUCCGUAAGAAGCACGGAAUGUGAACGGUUCCCCUCAGCAAUCUGCAGAAUUCGUGACACCUUCCAGCCCAAGGAAUCCUCAGGCGGAUAUUGAACUCCCCAAUAUUCUGGUUGACAGUGUUGAGGUUUAGGGCAACGGGACGGGACUCUUCUUGGUCAUCUGGCACCCUCAUUUGUUUCCUCCUGGAGUAGGAGUUGGGAAGUUCAGAAUCUGGUGACACCAGCAAUUAUGACUUUGUCUCUCACUCCCCAGUUUAUGUUGCAGAUUCUGGUUAAGCAAAGGUUUCAGAACCAUUGAACUCGAAACUUAUCCUGGAGGGAUGCAGGUGGGACUAUUAGGGACCUUGGGUUUGAGAAAACCACAUCUUAAGGUUGGCCAGCAGUUAGAGACAGCUUUGCUGUGUGUAGUGAUAAGAGAUCUCAGUAACAUCAUUUCUCCUUUUCAUGCUUACCUGUUUCAGGUGCAGCCUGUGAUUCUGAUGGGGACUAGUUGACCUGUGUCUCUGCCUUCUAGGACCUCUCUACCCAGAAGGUCAUUUAUGAGAGGGCUCUAGGUGACUUGCUGAUGGAGAUCCAGCUUACCAGGGACUUAGGUUUAUCUUGUUAUGUUUGCUACUGGUUACAAAUUCUAUUUUCUGUACAAUUAGACUAAAGUUUUCACUGUGUUUGUUUGGCAAAACAAAUUAAACAAAAAAAGUAAGGUUUUUA